UGGUUCAGUUGAUAAACCGAACCGGUGAAUUCUCAACCGGUUAGGAGCUGAGGUUUAACCAACUUCUCUCCUGAGACUCCACAGAGAGAUUGAGAGGAAACCAUGAGGAGAUCCAUCUCUUCCAAAGCCAAAUCCUUUCUUCAUCAUCGGAACCUCCCGGAGAAAGGUAACUCAUCGCCGCAUACAUUCUCCGAUUCGCGAAGAGCUUACUCUACCGGCGGAAGUAGCGAUUACAGAGAGACGUUAAGAAACAUGAACCUAGACGACUCCCUCGAACUCUUCUUCCGCAUGGUUCAACGCCGUCCCCUUCCUUCAAUCGCCGACUUCAGCAGAUUGCUAACCGCCAUCUCCAAUCUAAACCGCUACGACGUCGUGAUCCACCUCUGGGUCCAGAUGGAGACGCUCGGCAUCCCCCACAACCUCUGCACGUGCAACAUCCUCCUCAACUGCCUCUGCCGCUGCUCCCAGCUGCCUCUAGCGCUGUCUUUCCUCGGGAAAAUGUUAACUGGUCACACCCCGAGCGUGGUAACGCUCGGGUCCCUCCUCGGCGGGCUCUGCCGAGGAGGCAGAGUCCGCGAGGCGCUGCGUCUGUUCGGUAGGAUGGUGGUUAGACCUAACGUUGUUAUCUACAACAUUUUGAUCGAUGGUCUUUGCAAGAGCCAGCAGGUGGAUAAAGCUUUAGACUUUUUUAAUCAGAUGGAGGUUAGCCCCGACGUUGUUACCUACAACUCUCUCAUCUCCGGGCUCUGCGGCUCGGGGAGGUGGGGAGACGCUGUGAGGAUGGUGAGGUGUAUGAGUGAGAAGGGUGUAGACCCUGAUGUGUUCACUUUCAACGCGUUGAUCGACGCUUGUGUGAAAAGAGGGAGUCUUUUAGAGGCUGAGGAGCUUUACGAGGAGAUGAUUAGAAGGUCUCUGGUGCCUGAUAUCGUUACUUACAGUUUGCUUAUCAAAUGGCCUUUGUAUGUUAGUAGGUUAGAUGAAGCGGAGCGGAUGUUUGAGUAUAUGGUUAGCAAACGCUUUCCUGAUGUGGUGACUUAUAGUAUUCUCAUCAACGGGUUUUGCAAGUCUAGGAAGGUGGAUUACGGGAUGAAGCUCUUCUGCGAGAUGUCUCGGAGAGGUGUGGUUAGGAACGUGGUGACUUAUACUAUUCUUAUCCAGGGGUAUUGUUUAGCAGGGAAGCUUAAUGUUGCGGAAGAGAUCUUCAGAAGGAUGGUUGUUUCUGUGUCUCCUAAUAUUGUUACGUAUAAUGUUUUGUUACAUGGUCUAUGCGAUAAUGGGAAGGUGGAGAAAGCGUUGGUGAUGUUGGAGGAUAUGGAGAAGAGUGGGAUGGAGGGUGAUAUCGUUACUUAUAAUAUCAUCAUUCGUGGGAUGUGUAAAGCUGGUGAGGUGGCAGAUGCUUGGGGUUUGUAUUGUAGCCUUAGUUUGAAAGGACUUGUGCCUGAUAUUUGGACGUACACUACGAUGAUGUUGGGGUUGUAUAAGAAAGGCUUGCGGCGUGAAGCUGAUGCAUUGUUUAGGAGAAUGAAAGAAGAUGGGAUUUUACCAAAUGAAUGUUGUGUGUAGUGAAGGCGCUAGUUUUAGGACUAAGUAAAAUCAGCUUUAAGUAGUUUUAACUCAGGGGAGCUUGCAAGAUGUCAGGCUCCUUGCCACUGGAAAGAUCCACGCAGAUCUUUCCAAAGCCUGAGGUUGGGAUACUAUGAGAUGAGCUAACACAUGUUCAUAUUUAUUAGGAGAAACCAUAGAGAUCCCAGGGGCCUUACAGAAUCGAAGCUUGCACCAUACAUGUAUCCAGUUUCUCUCCUAAAAGGAUGUUUUCCCUUGGAAUGAGAAACUCAGAUCUCUCGGAACCAAGUUUAAGAGCUUAAUCUAGCAGCACAUGGGGGCAUGUUCUCUAGCCGCUGACUUGUCUCCGUUUUGAAAAUUGUACAUUACAUUACCAACCAAUGUUGGUUUUAUGUAUUGUCUGUAUCAGUUUUGGUAUGCAAGUAUAGCGUCUAAGCGUUGCAAAGAGAGGACAGAAAAAUAACAAGGUUUCUGUCAAAUCAGAUGAAAGAAAGACGAGGGCUUAAAUUAGUUAUAAACAGCUUCAAAGCCUUACAUAUAAAUCUUUGAGAUAGAAGUUUCAAUC